AUCUGACUUUGACAAGGCAAAACAAGAGUGCCUUCAUUUACAAAAUCUACACAAAUAUACCAAUAUACCACCUUAUGAUGGCCCAUAUGUUAUUGCUGGUCAAGGUACUAUUGGGAUGGAAAUCCUCAGACAACAUUAUUUUAAUGAAAUAGAUGCAAUUUUUGCAUGUGUAGGUGGAGGUGGACUUAUAGCCAAUGUAGCAGCUGUAAAAGUUGUAGACACAAGGUCUAUUGUAGAAUCAGCUGGUGCAUUAGGACUAGCAGGUGCAAAUAUGAAUUUUGAACAUUUGAGAUUUGUAGCUGAAUGGGCUGGGUUUGGUGAACAACAUGAAGCUUUAAUUUCAGUAAUUAUUCCUGAACAUCCUGGAAGGUAUUCUGAUUCAGAGAAGGCAUGGAUAUAUAUGCCAUUUAGAGUUGAUAAUAGAGGUACAGAAUUACAAACAAUUUUAGAAAAUUUAAAGGAGGAUGGUAUGCAUGGUCUAGAUAUAAGUGAUAAUGAAAUAGCAAAAACUCAUGCAAGAUAUUUGAUAGGAGGUAGAAGAUUCCCUGGAGCAUUAAAAAAAUUCUUGACUGGAUUGAAAUCAAGUUGGAAUAUAUCGUUGUUUCAUUAUCAUAAUCAUGAUAUAGGAAAAGUGUUGGUCAGCAUACAAGUUCCAUUACAAGACUAUGAAGCAUUUGAAAAUUUUAAAAAUAAACUUGAUUAUCAUUGUGUAGAAGAAACAGAUAAUUCAGUUUAUAAACAAUUUCUAAAAUAA